AUGGACUCUCUUUUUGGACUAUUUGAUUAGUUUCUAAGAAUAAAUUUAACUUAUUAUCCUUAAAAUUAAUAAGCUUACAUAUCAGAAAGUUGGGAAUAAUUUUUAAGUUUAUUAUAAAGUUAACCUCUUGAUUAUGGAAAAAUAUACACAUUAAUAAAUAGAAUGACUUAUGAGGAUAUAACAUCAGGAAAAAAUGAAAGAUAAAGUUCUAGUUAAAGAUAAGUAGCUCGAAAUAUUACAGCAGCAUCUUCACCAAGAAUAGUUUCAUCAUCAUCAGUGUCAAAAAACAGUAAUUAGAUUAUUACAUUAAAAGGCACUAAUAUAUUAUCAAAAAUUUAAUAAAUGGAUAAUGUAGCCAGCCCAAAAAUUGCAGUAUCCAAUCUUGCAAGUUAACAAUCAUUAAUUAAUAAAAAUUCAAUACAAUAAAAUGUGAAAUAACAAGUAUUUUUAAUUAUAAUAUAGUAAAUGGUAGAUGAUUUCAAUAGGCAUCUUUUAUUAAGCAAAAUCAAAGAAUUAUAAUUUAACUACUCAGUUUCUACAGAUAAGCUUUAUGCUAUUGCAAAAAUAUUUUAAUCUAAAGAGAGUUAGCCAAUAUCAAAAUCACCUAUCAAAUAUCCAUUAACUCAAUUUGUAAAUAAAUCAAGAGGAAGUAAUCAUAGUGCAGAACAUUAUAAAAUUGUUGCUUGA